AUGGCGUGGCAGCUGCGGGCCUCAGUGCUGCGCGUCCCGCGCUUCACCCUUCGCUUUGCCGGGAGCGGCAGGAUCGAAGACAUGCGCCUGUUUACACAGACGCUGUACACGUACUGGUACCACAAGGGCUUUUGGGGCGCCACCGUUGCCUCGGCCGUGGAUUUUCUCAACACCUUCGUUCUCUUUAUUGUGGCGGUCAUCUUCACGAUGCGGUUCGACUGGGCGGUAGCUCUGAGCUGCGUGGAAUCGGAGUGUGCCGUGCACCCACUGGUGAGCGGGCUACACGCCCCGUACAUCUUCCGUAGCACGUUCUGGGGCCACCUAUGGGGAUUCAUUUUUCUCAGCUCCACUGUCGGCUCCUGCGCGUACGAGCUGGUGCGCUUUGUGGAGACGUACUACCUGCAGUACGAGGUCGAGGAGGUUGCCCGGGAGGCUGGCGUCGACACCGGCUUCCUUACUCCGCUGCACCGCUGGCGCUAUCACCUGCAGCGCGGCCUGGAUGGGCGAGCCGGGCACGAGUUCAUAGGCUUGUGCGGUGGCGACGCAAUCGCGCUCAGCACCGCAGGAUGGGGCGAGUUUCUAGAGACCAUUUGCGCGGCGGUUGGCCGCAGCGGCAGCGUCAAAUUUGGUGCCCCUGGUGAGCCGCUGGAUCCCCUACGUGCUGUCCAGGGCCUUAUGCAGUUGGAGAACUACUUGAUUGCGCUGCAUGAGGCUGAUGCGUUGCGCGGUACCGCACUCCAGUACGUCAGCCCAAGCGUGAUCCGGACCCUGAUCGACUCCAUGUUUGAUGCCUUCCGUACAGUCGAAUCCCGGCACAGGUGCGUAUGGGCUGUCCGCUCCACCAUGGUCACCUACGCCGUGCUGUACGGGGCGGGGUUUCUCUUCUUUUGCUUGUACGUGACGCUCAAGGUGCUCGUGAAGAACGCAGCCCAGGUCAAGGUCAACUACUGGGCCCUCUCCCAGCGCAUGUGGACCACGGAGGCGCAAUGGCGCUUUCGGCUCUACAACGAGGUGGAGCACCUGCACGCCUGUCGCCUGCGUGCCGGUUCGGAGGUGGCCGAGCGCAUGGUGGACCGGCUGCGGGUGUCGAACAGCGUUUCUCGAUUUGUGCGGCGGGUCUGCAGCACGUGCGUGCUUGUGACUGCCAUCCUAUCCUUUCUGAAUCCGGCUCUUCUCAUCGGCGCCUCCAUUGGCGGGCUCACUCUCGUGUGGUGGCUCACGCUCGCUGUGAUGCUGUAUGCGUGUGUGCCAGAGGUGGAUCCUCGGGAGCGCGAGUACGCGUACAUCACCGACCUGGAGCGGCUCGUUGACAGCAUCCACUACGACACGGCGGAGUGGUUCCAUUCGGCAGAUGCGUUCUACGAGCACAUCACGACGACCUUUUUCAAGAACCGGCUUCUAGUGGUGGUGACCGGCCUCCUCGAAAGCCUCGCGGUGCCGGUCUUGCUCGUGUAUGCCCUGGGGGACGGCAGCGUAGAGGCGUUGGUCGAGUUUGUGCUACAACACUCGACGACGGUGGACGGUGUCGGCUCCAUCGCCGUCGGCUCCGACUGGAGCGCCUCCUCCCUCUCCAGGACGCCGCCAGGAGAGCACGAGCCAGGCGGGGUUAAUCACGCUUCAGCGUCGACGCACAGCAACGACGCUGACACAAGCGCCACAUUGCUCGGCAAGGCCGCAGCUGCCACGGGCUUUGCGCACAAGCGGGCAGAGAAGGUGCAGCUGUCGGUCGCCAGUUUUGCUGCAGUGUACUCACAAUGGACGCUGCGGCACAUCGACGGCCCGACAGGCCGCGAGUCUCCGGCAAGCUGCCAGGACGCUGCCCUCAACGACUUCCUGUGGCAGCUUAGUCUCCGCGUGCGGGAGGUAGCCAUCACGCACGCAGCCAGCGUCGCUUCCGCGGACGAGCUGAUGAUAUCCAGAGACUCAUUUGCGCCGUCGAAGUCUGCACGCUCGGAGCGCCGCUUUAGGAUACCCCGAGAACACGCCGAGCAACGGAUCGACGGGCCCGACGGCGAAGCCAGCGGGUUGCCGGCGUUCGCGGCGGGUAGCACAACCGCACACGAACGUGAGCAGCUGUUCGUGUCCCAGGUGUCGUCGUCGCGCCACGCCUUCCACUUCUCUCGGACAACUCAGCUACCGCUGAACCGCCGAGAAGCAGCAGACUACGGAACUGAAAAGGGAAGCGCCGUGUGA